AUGAUGGACAUCGCCGCCGACCCGGCUGGAGGCGACGGCGCGGGACAUCGGCGACGCGGCUUCUCCCAUGGUCGUGGAUGUAGGCUGUCCGGUCACCGUGGAACGGGCCUGCGAGACCAUCCUCAAAGAGCACGGCACCGUCGAUACCCUGGUCAACAACGCCGGCAUUCUCUCCAACAACAAGGUCGAGGAAACCGCAGUGGACGAGUGGCACCGGCUCAUGGCGGUGAACCUGGACGGCGCCUUCUAUCUCACACGCGCCCUGCUCCCGGGCAUGCGCAAGCAGCGCUGGGGCCGCGUGGUGAACGUCUGCUCGCUGGCCAUGAAGACCGGCGGCCUCACCGCAGGAACCGCCUACACCGCCUCCAAAGGCGGCCUGGGUGCGCUGACCUUCUCCCUCGCGCGGGAGGUUGCGGCCGACGGCAUCACCGUCAACGGGGUCGCGCCGGCAUACGUGCGGACACCCAUGGUCACCGAGCAGCUCACCAGCGUUCAGCGCGAGGCACUGCUCCGGCAGAUCCCGGUGGGCCGCUUCUGCGAGCCGGAGGAGGUCGCGCGCCUGAUCGCAUUUCUGGUGUCGCCCCACGCGGGUUUCAUCACCGGCGAGAUCAUCGACAUCAACGGCGGUCUGCACAUGGACUAGCGGCCGCCGAUGAAUUGUAUGGCGUCCUUCGACUUCGCUUCGCUACGCCUGUCCUGAGCCUUGUCGAAGGGCUCAGGACGAACGGUUUCGAGACCUUAUCCCCGUUCGCCCUGAGCCCUUCGACAAGGCUCAGGACAGGCGUAGCGAGGCGUAGCCGAGCGGAGUCGAAGGGCGCAGUCUGA